AUGGGUAAGGGCGGAGGUGACAAUGUGGUUGUUGCCGUACGAGUUCGACCAUUCAAUGAUCGUGAAAAGAGCCGAAAAGCUCAACUCAUUAUUGAAAUGCCUGAUGGACAAAGGACAUGCAUACGUUUAUUUAAUCUUUCUUACAGAGAUCCGAACAAUCCAUCAGACGAAAAGUGGUUUACGUUCGAUCACUCCUACUGGUCACAUGAUGGCUACGAAGAAGGGAAGAAUGGUUAUCUUUCACCAGUAGAUGAUAGAUAUGCUGAUCAGAAACGCGUGUUUGCUGAUUUGGGCAAGGGAGUUCUUGAUAAUGCAUGGGCUGGAUACAACUGCUCAUUGUUCGCCUACGGACAGACAGGAAGUGGCAAGAGUUAUUCAAUAGUUGGAUUCAAGGGAAACAAAGAUGAGACAUAUUUUUUGAAAAAAACCCUCAAAUAUGGUUUUUAA